AUGGCAUCAACCCAAGCCCCCUGGGACCUUUCAAAGUCUAGCCGGCUGAUCUACCGAGCCCCAGAGAACUCUGAAGAGGACAUCGCAUUUUUCCACGGUCUUAUGAACGAGCCGAUAAUUCAAACACUGAGUACUGGACGUCUCCCGCGCCCGUCUCACAAAAGUUCGGCAGGGGAGUUCAUCAAAGUACUUCAAGACGCCAUUUUAGGGGUGGUUAUAUGCCUCCCCGCUCAAAAACCCCUCGAGGGAACAAACUCUUUAACUGAGACCAAAACCUUGCAUCAACCUGCUCAAGAUCCCAAACCAGUCCCAAUUGGCCACAUGAGCCUUUUCAGCCUGGAUGGAUCAAACGGCACCCAUCAUCGCAAUGCGAUGAUAGGAAUCUCACUUGCGGACGGGUUCCGGGGCAAAGGAUACGGCGGAGAAGCUAUCGACUGGGCUUUGGACUGGGCAUUUCAGCAUGCUGGACUGCACAGAGUCUCUAUAGGUGCAUUUUCGUACAACCCGAAUGCACUGAAGCUUUACAGGAAACUUGGAUUUGUGGAUGAAGGUCGUGAACGUGAGGCUGUGUAUCAUCGCCGCGCUUGGCAUGAUAUUGUCACCUUGUCUAUGCUGGAGCAUGAGUGGGAGGUUUUGAGGGGACUAGCGCCGUAA